AUGGCAGCGCGUGCAACAGCCAAGCGUUACCUGAAAUACGGCAUCAUCCGCGCCGGGCUGGAAGCCGUCGCCCUGCCUGGUGUCCGGUCGCUGUUUCCAUCCGCCGCCGGCCGUGGCGUGAUCUUCACGCUUCAUCACGUCCGCCCUGAACAGGAGACCACCAGGUUCUCGCCCAACGCACUUUUGUCCGUAACGCCUGAAUUUCUCGAGCAGGCCGUCGAGGCCGCGCUCGAAAGCGGGUUGACGCCGGUUCACCUGCACGACCUGCCGGCAUUGCUCGCCGAGCCCGGCGACCAGCGCUGCUUCGUCGCGUUCACGCUCGAUGACGGCUACCGCAACAAUGCCGAGUUCGCGGCACCUGUCUUCCGCAGGCACGGCGUACCCUACACGAUCUUCAUCAAUCCCGGCUUCGUCGAACGUACACGCUCCAUAUGGUGGGAGACCGCCGCCGCCAUCGCCCGCAAGGCCGACAGGAUCGACUUCGAUUUCGGCGACGGGCCGGAAACCCUCCGGGCCACAACGACGGCCCGCAAGUUCGCUGCCUUCGAACGCUUUGCAGCCUUCGUCCAGUCGAUCGACGAGGACGAAGCGGUGCAAAGGAUCGAUGACGUCGCGCGCCAGGUUCACAAUAUCGACCCGAUGGCCAUCGUCGAUUCGCUUGUCAUGGAUGAGGAGGAACUGCGCCGACUGGCCGAAGAUCGGUUGGUGCAUCUGGGCGCGCACACCAUGACCCAUGUCAAUCUGCGCCGCGUCAGCGACGAACGGCUGAACGCCGAGAUCGAACAAUCGAGGGCUGCCGUCGAAGCCUAUGCGGGCCGCCGGCCACAGUCGUUUGCCUAUCCCUAUGGCUGGACCAAAGCGGUCGGCGCGCGCGAGGUGAAGGCAGUGGCCGAUGCCGGUUUCGCCGCCGCCGUGACCACACAGCCCGGCGUGCUGAAUGCCGCAUGCCUCCAAAACCCGACUGCGAUGCCGCGCGUCUCGCUGAACGGCCACUUUCAGAAGAAGCGCUAUGUCGAGGCGCUGCUGUCGGGUGUGCCCUUCAAGCUGAUGUGA